AUGCGCCAUGUGCUUGCUGUUGCUAUGGAUGACACCAGCAGAGCUUUUACCAGCCACACAGAUAGUGAAGAGCAGAAAGCAAUGAUUGAUAGAAAGCGUGUAUAUGGGUGGGGCAUGGGGGAAUUAUUGAAUAGGCUAGCUGUGCUUAUGAUAAUUAAGAAUGAAAAAGGUUUUAGAAUGGCAUAUUCCACGUUUGAUCAGGGACUUGUCAGUAUUUCCGAACUGCACCCUAAUCUUUCUCGCCCAGUGGAUAUUGGGUUAGAGAGAUACACAUUCAGUUUUACAAUAAGAGAUGCUCCAACAUCGUUUAUAAAUGCAUCUUCCUGGGGAAGAGAGGAAUACAUAAAGUCUCUUUCUGCCAGUUUCCGUGUUGGAGAUUGUGUUAGAAUUGAAAAUCCACUUGUACAAACAAAAGAUGUUGAGCGAGAAGAAAAAUUUAAUCCUUCAACACCGAGUUAUUACAGGUUGCUAAUUAGCGAAGUUCAUUCCGUAGUCAGUGUUUGCUCCCAAUAUGAAGUGAACAACACUCUCCUGUCUCUAUUGCAUCUUCCUACCAAAGACUCACAAGAUUACUACUCAUUGGGUGACAUUGUGGCGAAUGGGCAAAGUCUCAAUGGGAAAAUUAUUAAUGUUCUUGCAGCAGUAAGAUCGGUUGGCGAAACCAAAUGUUUUACUACUUCCGACAAGAGAAGAGGUCAGAGAUGUGAAGUAAAACUGUUUGAUGAAAUUAUUUCCUCAUUUGGGAUGAUAUGCUGGGACAAUGAAGCCAUCCAAGUAGCACAAACCUGGGUACCGUGUGAAACAGUAAUUUUCGCAUCUGAUGUACGAAUAAAUUAUGAUACCUUCCGAAAUUCUAUGGUGGCAACUGUAAUAUCAAAAACUAUAUUCACAACAAAUCCAGAAACUCCAGAAGCACAAGCACUGUUGAGAUAUGCACAAGACUGCACAGAAUCUGGAGCCUUUUUUGAUGAAAAUGAGGAAUUGUCCAAAGAGUCCAUAAAUUUGGAGUCUAUAAAAGAUGUGUACACAGUCCAGCAAAUAAAAGAGAGAGCGUCACAUGGUUUAGAAAAAAACAACCCUUUAUAUGGCAUUGUUUUUGCGUAUGUUUCUUCACUGAAUAUUGAUACAAGUGUUAGCAAAAUUAUACGAAAUAGAUGUUCUCGAUGUCAUUACGUAGUGACCGAUCCAUCGGGGAUGUGCACAUAUACGUUCUGCAAUGAAAUGUCUACUGAUCCUAAAUCUGUUGUAACAAGCUUUGAUAUUAUACUGGAUAUCACUGAUCACACUGGAACUUUAACUUGUAACCUCUCUGGUAAUGUAGCCGAGGAAAUGCUAUCAUGCACGGUAGAUGAAUUUGUAAAUUUAACAGAAAAUCAGAAAACCACUUUGAAAUGGACUUUCCUGUUGGAACGCUGUAAAAUCUAUUUAAAGAUUGUGUUAGCGACUAAUUCAAGAACUGGAAUGAGAAUAAGUAUACUCUCCUGCAAACUGGCUGACCCCACGGAAGCAUGUAAACAUUUAUCCACCAAAGAAAAGUUAUAA